GGUGUGAGAGAUAAUUGUAUCCUACUGUUGUUAUUUUGUUCAGUGAGGUUAGUCUUUUGUGAAAAGAGACAUACUGUAACGUCAUUGACACUCCUACACCGCCUCGCUGUGAUUUUUAUUUCGUUACUCAGAUUCAUCGGGCGGAUCUUGACAAAGUUUGACAGUCCGCUUUCUGUAGUCAUACGCAUGAGGACCUAAGAAAUGGAGAAGUGCAUGGUGAUUACUAUUUACUGUUACAACAAAUAUCAUCACUUGAAAAGAUUAGUUCCCUUUGCUGCUGCCAGCUCUGUUGGAGAUGAGUUUGAAUUUUACUCUAAAUGAGGAUGGAUAAUGAACUAUGCAAAAGCUUCACACACCCACUGAAGACGUAGCAUUAAGAUCACCUUCGUUGUUAAAUUGUCAGGAGAAAGUGGAUUCAAUGUUCAGGCGAUCAGACGAAGCUGAGCACUCAUCGGAGGAAGACCUAUCAUUUCAACAUGGAGAUCUCUCAACCAGCAAUGACAACCAAGCAGAAAGCAACAACUCGAAGGAAGAACCAUCAUUGCGACAUGAGAAUCUCUCAGUCAACAACAGUCUUGCAAACAGCAAUAACACUGAGAAAGAAAAUUACCUGUUUAGAAUUCACAAAACAUUUAAUAGAGCAACUGAAGACACUAAUGGAGAGGACAGUCCACCAUUACACAUAAAACUUCUAGCCUGUAAUGACAAUCUCUUAUAUCUCUCUUUCAACAACUCCAAGGAUAACUUAAGGAAGCCUAGUGGCACAUUCUGCAGUUCCCCCAAAUCAGCUCUACGGCUUCCUGCGGAGACAGAUCCUCUCAGUGAGCACAGUGAACAUAUAGACUGCAAUUAUGGGCUCUUCGACAAUGGUAUUAAAAAGAAAUCUAUUGCAGUGACCAGGAAACGCACGGCAAACAAUGUUGAUGAACUCUCUCACAGAAAAACGAAGGUUGUUUCAUUUAGAGUGAAAAGAACAUUACCUGGAACAUCCAAGUUCUCUUCCAAUUCAGAGGGAUCAGAUCGGGAAGAUUUAAUCGAGGAGCCAAUGGAAAUGGAGCAACUGCAGACCACUGAAGAAAGUACAUUUGAAGUCCUUCCAGUUGAGAUGGCUGCCUAUCCAACAGAUGAAAACCCUCUAGAGAGAGAUGAGGAUGAUGGCCUGAUGGACUGGUGGAGGACUGUUGACGGUUGGAGUGAAUGGAAUGGAUCAACACAUUUUCCAGAGAAUAAAGAAGAGCUAGCUGUUGAGGCCAUAGCAGACCGUGUGUUCAUGGCAGCUCGUUUGUUUGUCAGCCUGUUCAACCAGCAUGGAGCCUCUUUGCAACAUCGCAUCGUAGAGUUGCUCAAUCUGGCGGACACUGCUGACAGCUUCCAUAAGAAGACUGUGAGUGCAGCUGUCGGGGGUGGUGUGGCUAGUGUGGCGGGGGGCAUAGCCACCAUUACCGGCCUCAUCCUGGCCCCCUUCACCUUUGGCACCUCCACCAUUGUCACCGCGGUGGGGAUCAGUGUGGCAACAGCUGGGAGCAUCACCUCAGCCACAGCUAAUAUCACCGAUGCAGUUCAAUCUAAGAUGGAUCGCAAGAAGGUGGAAAAGAUGAUCCAGUGCUACCAGAAUGAGAUCAGUGACAUAAGAGAUUGUCUGGAAUUCAUGCAAGAAGGAAUGAAUACCCUGCAAGAAUGGAACUUUAAGGAGUACUCUGAAAGUGUUGUCAAAACGAGCCUUAACCGGAACCUAAAGCAUGUAAUGAAAGAGGGUGGACGAGCAGGUAAAGCUCUCAUGAUAAACACAGAUAGGCUCAUCAGCACUGUGAAAGUUCUAGGAGUUGCUGGAGGUGCGGCCAAAGCUGCCAAGGCCAUCAGUGUCACCACGGGGGUCAUGUCCACUCUCUUCCUCGCCCUGGAUGUCUUCUUUCUUGCCAAAGACUCCAACGAACUCCGCAAAGGUGCCAAGACCAAAUUUGCCUCCAAAAUACGGGAAGUAUGCAGAGAGCUUCAACAUGGCCUACUGGAACUGAACGAAGUAAAGACUCAACUUCAGAAGACCAUGGAUGGAAUUGAAGUGGAAGAAUAUGAGGAGCAUUGUAACGAAGAGGAGUCAGAUCCAGUCAAACUGGCUCUACUAGAACAAGAACUGGAACAGUUGGAGGAGAAGCUUGACCAGAAGACCAUGCAGGAGCAGAAGGUGAAUAAAAGCAAGAAAGGAGAGACAGAGAAAAAGUACACAAAAAAAGAAUGGAAAAGAGAAGUCAAAUAGCAAGAGUAAAAAUGUGGUGAACAUUAGUGACCUACAAUGCCCUUUUCUGUUCCAGCAUGACAAUGCUCCUGUGCACAAAGCGAGGUCCAUAUAUAAAUGAUUUACUCAGUUGGCAUGGAAGAACUUCACUGAAGUGCACAAAUUCUAGACCUAAACCCCAAUAAACACCUUUAAGAUGAACUUGACUGCAAGCCCCAUCAAACAACAUCAGUGCCUUACCUCACUGAUGCUUGUCUGAGUGGAAGCAAAUCUCAACAGCCAUGUUCCAACAUCUAGUGGAAAGCUUCCCCAGAAGAGUGGAAGCUGUUAGGGAGGUCCAACUCUCUAUUAAAGCCAAUGGCACCCAACAGAGUUAACACUCUGUAAAUGGAAAAAAUGAGGCAAAGGAAAGUAAUUGUAAGAUUGUAGUCUAGUCAAAUAGUGUAUAAAAUAACAAAAGCUGGGUGGUUUGCAUAUUUAAGUCAAACAUUUGAAAGUAAAGAGAGUAAUCAAAUCACAGCACAUGACUAAACAGAGAUGGAGAAAAUAAAGUAGAUUAGACCUGGAAGGAAAAAAAAGAAGACUGUUAGGGGUAGAAGCAGUCUAAACACAAAGAUUAAUGCCAUGACCCACUAAUACAUUUAGGGUUGAAAAUUAUUUUCCAUUUCCUAAUGUCAAGGCUCCAGACUAAAAACUGCUCCUAAAUUGAUCUUUAAACGUAAUUCAUUUCAAGAAAACGCAUGAAUAUGUUUCUUAAAUUGCAUAUUGCCAUAUGAACAGUUAAUCGGUAAUUAGACAGAUGUUAAGUCUAACAAACCUAAAGUACACAUCACAGUAACGAUUCUCGUUUCAAAUCAGACAGAAUUGAAAAAUGACUCGCGGUUCAGCGGGGGGACUCAGUUUCAAUCGUAUUAACUGCUGAUUCAUAGUAUGGAUCACUCAGAAAUUGACUCUGAUUGAAACUGCUAACAACCUAACCCUGUUUCUUGAAUCUUUUUGGCUAAUUCAUUAAAAAGAUCUAUAUUAAAAGAAUAAUUUGUUUGUGAAUCGGAUAUCAUGGCUCGCUCUGUGUUUUCUGUUGUGUGUAGCGAGCUCAUCUCAACAGAAAGGUUGAAAAUAUGAUACUGUAUCUGAUGAAACCACAUAUGAACACACACCAAAUUUUCCUGACUGUCACCAAUGGCGACUAGAUUAUUGUCGCAUCUGUGACCAUUUUAGAAAUUAGUCCGGAACCCUGAAUGUCAUCAUUUUCCAAAGUAUUAGUUACUAGAGAGGUACAACUUUCGUGAUACAGCUUUCUGAUUGAGGAAGAAGGAGAGGUGUAAAUAUAGCAAAAUCAAUGCGUCUUCAAACAAAAAUGUAUUAGCUUGGGCGUGGCUUAAGAGUGGGAGGGAGUGGACAGGUAAAGUUCGUAGAGACAGAGAAUUAAAUCAUUGAAAUCCAGGAAGACUCAAAGGUAAAGGUUUCUAAGAAUAUAACGAGAGGUAAAGGAGAAAGCAGAAAAACAGAGAGAAAUUCUAAAGCCAGAGAAAGUGUGAAAAUGCAUAGAUUGGGGUAACAUAUUGAUGCUAAUGUCAUUUAUCUGGGCUGUUAACAUAAGCUCUGCAGUUUCAGCACAAAUUCAGAAUAACCUUAAGUACUAGUUACUGUUUUGGUCCAGUUAUUGUGUGAACAAAACAGUUAACCCUUUAUUAAAGGAUUGUUCCAGGCUCAAUAAAAGUUUAGUAAGUUAAACAAAAUUCAUGUAAACUGUACCUUUGCCCCAUUUACUUCCAUUAUUACUGCAUUACUGUAUAAACAGCUUCUGUUUGUUUUGUACAAACUGAGGAACAAGUCAAAAUAUUUUACAGCAUGGCACAAGCACUGUUGUUAGAGCUUAACCCUCAGAUGCAUGAAUCAUUACAUCAAAAAAAUAAAUAAAUAUAGUUUUACUUUAAAACAACAAUACAAUCAUUCCUAAUGUAUUUGCUCCUACAGUGAUCAAUUGUUCCACAUCUCUGGUGAUCAACAUGCAUCAGAGGGGUAACUUGUAUUGAACUUGGAACAAUCCUUUUAGGAAUUUGGUUAACACAGAAAAGAAUGAAAUUGACGGUCCGUGUAUCUUUUGGUACUUAAAUGUUCAUUUCUGAAAGAGAAUAUAUAUUCUCUCUUUUUAUGUAUACAGUACUGUGCAAAAGUCUUAAGAUGCUUCACAAAAACCACGUCUUAAGAUGAUUAUUUAUAUUUUCACCUUUAGUGUGUCAGUAGGAAUUAUACAUUUUAGACUCCAAAACAUUUCUCUUGCAAAUAGAAUUGAAUAGAAGAACAGGGAGCCCUGCAAAAAAAUAGCAUGGUCCCCACAGAGCCCCCCACUGAAUCGCUGAAUAUUAAUUCAGUCUGGGAUUACAUGAAGAGACAGAAGCAUUUGACGCAGCCUAAAUAGAUAGAAGAAAUGUGGCGAAUUCUCCAAGAAGCUUGGAACAUCCUUACUGCCAUCAACCAUGAAAAACUGUGGCCAGGUGUACCUAGUAGAAUUGGGGCUGUUUAAAAGGCAAAGGUGGCCACACCUAAUUUUUAAUUGAUAAAUAAAAACUAUUUAUGGCAUUAUGUUUUGAAGACAUCCUCACUAUGCAACAUUUUUCUCAAGUGCCUAAAACUUUUGCACAGUACUGUAUAUUUAUAUAUAUUUCCCUAUUCCAAAGUUGACAAACAAGUAAUUUUCCUUUUCUCCUUUAAGGAAAAGAAAAUCACAGGAAAACAAAAAGGUCCCAGCACAUACCCAAAUGCUGCUUUAUGCAAAACAUGCUUGUAUACGCUCGCGCCCCAUCCACCACAUUCUCCACUUUUAAUCAAAAACUGCAUUUUUAAUGUUUAGCCUGUUCUUGAGGCAUCUGUUCAAUGUAUGCAAUGUUAUAUAAAAGUCAAAAUAUGUCCUCAUGCUCCAAGAGCAGGGAAAAAGCAAUCCCCCAUGGUAAAAGCACUUAGUUAGAAUUGGCCACCUUAUAGGAUUGUUUUGGCGGGUCGUUUGUCUAACUUGGCCGGUACCCUCCAAACUGUUCACGUCAGGUGCACCUCAUCAUCCACUCCCCAAACAAUUCUCAUUAAAUUGUGCCAUUCCAGUCUCCUGCCCACUCCUUUAAAAACACCAGAGAAAUGUAAUGUCAAUUAGAAUGGGCUCAGGGUCUAAAAAGGUUACAUAAGUAGGUACAUUUGUCGAGUUCUCACCUUAAAUAUGGUAUAUGCAGCAUCUGAUUGCUGAAAGCCCUUGAAUUUGGCCAAAAAGGAUUGGACUGGGGCAUCGACUUCAGAGAUCAACUUUUGGUCUAAUAUUCAUAACCCAUCUGUUUUUGUUUUCCUGCAAUUUCCCUUUUCCUUGAAGCAAAGAAGAAAUGGAAAAAUUAUUAGUUAUCCUGUUUUUUCCAUUUUGGAAUAUUGAAAGAUAAUCCACAAAGCAUUUGUUGAAAUUAUGGGAGGGAACAAAUAGAUGGUGAUGAUAGUGAAAGCAUAAACUCACAAAUUAUAAGAGAAAUGAGCAGAGAUGGAACCUGAGUGAAUUGAAAGAGAGAUUCACCCUAUUUGACAUCAUCUGACUUCUCGCGUGUGUACUUUAGCACACCCAUUGUGCUCAGGGAAAGUAUCACUGUUUUUGUACUCAAGUACUCAGAGUAUUCAAAGCAAGUUUUACAUAUGCAUGAUCCAGUUUUAUAAUCUAAAAUCUUUGAUCACGACAUUUUGUCAACUUAUGUAAUGACACAGAGCUACAGUUUUAGGAAAUCUUGAAUCACUUUUACAUUUUGAGUGUGAACAUAGGAAGAGUUCAUAUUUUUAUUUAACUCUAAAAUGAAGAUCAGAUUUCCAAGCUCAAGUCUUACAUUGCCCUAGUAAUACCUUACUACAUCCCAUAAGAUGAUAAAGAUAAGAGCUUUUUAUAUUUUAUAGAAUUUUUACUGUAUUGAUGUUUGUUUUGUUAUUUUCUGUUUUCAAAGUUUACAUGCUUUCUAAGUUAUUAAUAAUUUUGUUAAUUAAAUUAAUUUUAAUUUAGCUUUGAUCUAAAAUUGCUUUACACAAUAUAUAUAUAUAUUUUUAAGUUGUUUUUAUGUGGCCCAGGAUAUCUAGUUUCAAAUGAGGUAUGAGGCCCAGGCAGAAUCCAUGCACAGACUUCCGCAGAAUUGCAACAUCCAUCAUUCAAAAAUGUCCUCCUCAUUCUCCAUCCCUUGCAUGGUUUUAUUAAAUAUUUUGGCUAAUUUCAUGAUGCUUUCAGCUACCAAUAAGAGUACUCUCAGCUCCAUUUAAUACAUUUUACUAUGUUUAAAUGCAGAAUUCCGCAGAUUUCCCCUCAAAAUUAGGGUUAGGUUAAACAUCUACUAUAACAGUGGCCUUCAAGUAAAUCUUAAGUGGAAACCCACUUUUUAUGCAAAAAUUGAAUGGCAAGUCACUUGCAGUAGCUUAAUCUGAUUUGGCCUUAUUCAUGAAACAUGAACUGAAGUAUUUUGCAUUGCUUAUAAUACAUGGGACGGAAUGUGAGCAUAGAACUGUAUUACAUGUUCCAAAAUUACAAGUAAUUCUCAUUACAUUUUAUGAAAGAUUUACAGUAUGUGAAGCCUUCUCAAACACAUAAACUAAUGAGAUACUAAUGUUCUAAUUGCCUGUUUGGCACAAGGGCAUGCCACCAUGAUAUGUAAAAUGCCACAUGACAAAUAAACAAACAUUUGCUGUUUUCUGAUCCAGUUAUCAAUACAAUUAUUUGGAUUUCUGCUUAAACAAAUAAAAACAUUUUAUUCUU